AUGUUGAUGACUUCGGCCGGCGUCGAGGAACCGUCACCAACAGUGCCGGCACCAGCCUCGGUUGCCACCACCGGGGAUGCGACUGCACAAGACGACGUGGACCAUAUCGCCAACACCACAAAUACCACAAAUGCCACAUAUACCAGCCAGAACAAUAGCCCUGCCCCCGUCUCUCAUACCAACUCAGCUUCAGUUCCAGCCUCAGCAACCGCGUCGCCAUCCCCGGACUUGCCCCCGCGCAUCGUCUCGGACAUCGAGCCUGCCGUCUCGCUUCCCCAGGCCGCCCCUGCAGCGGCACCGCCCACCUCCACCUCCGUGGCAAGCCCGGCCGCGUCGGCGUCUCCUUCUGUCCACGGCCUUGGCGCCCGCCCGGGCCUGAGAUCCACCAGCAACACUCCUCAUCACUCGCCUGCGCUGCCCUCGCCUCCCGUUCCGCUGCCCGCCUCCCCUGCGGCCAGCCAUCCGCCGCCUGCUGCUGCCGCAGCCGCCACCACCAGGGCUUCUGACUAUCAGGACAGCCCCGUCUGGCGCGCUCAAUCUUCUCCCCUUGUACACCGGAAGCUCCUCAUCGCCCCGGCCCCGACACCAGCCCCGGCCACCGCUUCUUCUGCGCCUCUCCCCGCGGUAGGCUUCCCUUCGCCUGGCCGAGACCGCAUCUACGAGGACCCGAAAUUCCUCGACGACAAGACGAGGAUCACGUACGGCAUCCAGCAGGCCAUCCCAGAGGCCGUGAGACGUUCCGUGCGUGACAACUGGGAGAAAUGCCUGCUCGGCUCCGAAUUCCACCAGGCCUUUGUCGCUGAGAUCGUCGACGCCAUGACCCCUUCCGAUAUUGACGCCGUGGCCACACGCUUGCUCUCCAAGGCCAGCGACUCGUUCCUUGACGCGGCCCUCGAGCUUCGCCUCAAGUCCAUUGACGCCAAGCGCCUUAUCAAUGCCCUCGCUAGAGCUGAGCGUCUUGGCUAUGAACCUAGUGAUGUACAGGACGAGGAGGACGACCCAGCUGCGGGCCACCCCGCAGUCCGUCACGAGGAUAUGAUGCCCUCAACAGCUCCUCGGCCAGGUCCUCGACCAGCUCCUCAGCCAGCCCCCCAGCCAGCCCCCCAGCCUGGUGCACCGACCGCAGCGCUCAUGUACUGCAAUAUGUGCUUCCGCAAGUUUGUCCACCAGUCUGCCUUUGAGCACCACGUGAAGAAUAAGAUCUGCACGCGCUCGCCGGUCGCACCGGGUGGUUACAAGUUUUCUUGUCAGCACUGUGGCCAAGGGUUCACUACUAUCAUGGGCGUCCAGUACCAUAACUCGAACAACAUCUGCGGUAAUUUUAAUGAGCCCAAUAGGCUUACCACGGCGCCGGCUGCUUCGACACCGGCCACGCCCAAGGCCACGCAAACCGCACGCAUGACCCCGGCGUCAGCCCCGACAUCCACACCCACACUCUUGCCCAAACCGACCUCAACGCCUGCAUCGACAGAAGCUGUCGCUCCGCCCUCUUCUUCGGGAGGCGGCCCGCGCAAGGGGACGCCGGGCCUGCACACCCCGGACGGCGCCGUUGCCGACCCCUAUGCACACCUUUCGCCUGAGCAGCUGGCGGCUAUGCAGGAGGAGCUAAGGCUGGCCGAGCUCAGUUACGGCGAGCGUUUCCGACAGGCCAACGCUCUCCCUGACGCGGGCGAGAGGAAGACCCGCCUCGACGGGCUCGCCAACUCGUUCGGCACGAAGCAGUCCUUGAUACGCAAGAAGUACGGCGUCAGGCUCCGUAUGCGGAGGACAAAGGCCGAGAUCCAGGCCGAGAGAGACCGCAUGCAGUACAAGACGGCCGCAGAGUUGGCGGCAGACAUUGGGAUCCCUAGCCCCAACCUAGGACGCCCCGGUCGUCCCAUCGCCUCGACUCCUUCUCGCCCGCCCCCCAUCGUUGCACGUAGUUCGAACGGCGGAACCGGUGCCAUGUGGUCAAGUGUCAAUCGUCCUGGUGCUCAUACUGGUGCUCCCGCCCCGCAGGCCCCGGUGGGCACGCCGGCCUCGGCAUCGCCCGUGUACGGAUCGGCCAUGGGCGGCCCUGGGAUCACGGAUGUCUCAAUGCACGCCGGAAUAAAGCGGCGGUUCUCGGGCUCCAGCCCAUUUUCCGAAGGCAAGCGAGUGGCAUACUCCGAGAUGGGCGGCCUUUCUGGCGGUGCCGCCGCCCCGGCGGAGAGUAUGGAUCCUACGCUGCCCGCCUUUGCCAUUGCCAGGGCCGCCUCGAAUGUGAGUGCUAAGGGCCGAGGAACAGCAGACGAGCCAAUGGCACUGGACGAUACUGAGUCAGACUCGGAAGACUCUGGUGAUGACGACGAGGAUAUUCCUGCUGAGCUGCCGCCCAGUGUCCGCCAGAGCCUGCAGCAAGCGAGCCCAUCAGUGACACCCGGUCCGCAGCCCGGAUCUCGGCCCAGCUCGGGACCCCGGCCUGAGGAUACAAAGUAG